GCGUGGACUCGGGCAGCUGCCGCCAUCCCGCUGGCGAGGGGGAGAGAGAGGCCCGCCCGCUUGCCGGUCGGGCCAGUGUGGGCCAGUGCGUGAGGGCGCGGGGGGCCGUGUCAGCGAGACGCAGAGCGCAGCCGCCACCACCAAACGGACAUGUUGGAGCCCAGGGCCGCCGCCGCCUCUUUUUCCUCAUCCACCGAACGGGACUGAGAGGGGGCCCGCCACCCCGCCGCCUCUGCCUCUGCCUCGGCCACCCGCCCCGCCGCCUCGGCCGCAGCCUCUUCCUGCCCGGCCUCCAGCUCCGCAGCUCAUCGCCUCCGCCGGCCCCUCAGGCCCGGCCGGUUCCCCGGCCCCGCUCCGCCGCGGCUCGAGGUCUAUGUGACCGGCGGGCCCGGAGCAGCCGCCGCCGCAGCGCGAACAUGGACGCCGUCAACGCCUUCAACCAAGAGCUCUUUUCACUUAUGGACAUGAAACCUCCCAUCUCUCGAGCCAAGAUGAUUCUCAUCACGAAAGCUGCUAUUAAAGCUAUUAAGCUUUAUAAGCAUGUAGUUCAGAUAGUAGAAAAGUUCAUCAAAAAGUGUAAACCAGAAUACAAGGUUCCGGGAUUAUAUGUAAUCGACUCAAUUGUGAGACAGUCUCGUCAUCAGUUUGGAACUGAUAAAGAUGUUUUUGGGCCAAGAUUCUCUAAAAACAUAACUGCCACAUUCCAAUAUUUGUAUCUUUGUCCAUCUGAAGAUAAGAGUAAAAUAGUUCGUGUGCUGAACCUUUGGCAAAAAAAUGGAGUAUUCAAAAUUGAAAUUAUUCAGCCACUUUUGGACAUGGCAGCAGGAACCAGUAAUGCCGCCCCAGUAACAGAAAAUGUUACUAAUAAUGAAGGUUCACCUCCACCUCCAGUUAAAGUUUCUUCUGAAUCCUCACAAGCCACUACAAACUCCAUACCAACUGUACCACAGUUGCCCAGCUCUGAUGCUUUUGCUGCUGUGGCCCAACUGUUUCAGACAACUCAAGGUCAACAGCUUCAGCAGAUCCUUCAGACUUUUCAACAGCCUCCAAAACCACAGUCUCCCGCCAUUGACAAUGCCGUGAUGGCUCAGGUUCAGGCUAUCACAGCUCAGUUAAAGACAGCUCCUACACAACCACCUGAACAAAAAGCUGCUUUCCCCCAACCUGAACAAAAAACUGCAUUUGACAAGAAGCUACUUGAUAGAUUUGAUUAUGAUGAUGAGCCGGAAGCUGUGGAAGAAUCAAAGAAAGAAGAUGCUGCCGCCGCCGCCACCACCACUGCUGCCACAGCACCUGCUGCUGCUGCUGCCGUGCUCCCUGCACCUGCUGCUGCUGUGCCUUCUGUUGCUGCAACCGCUGCUUCUCCUCCACAGGCACCCUUUGCAUUUCCUGGAGAUGGCAUGCAGCAACCAGCAUAUACCCAGCACCAAAACAUGGAUCAGUUUCAACCUCGAAUGAUGGCAAUACAGCAGGAUCCAGUGCACCAUCAGGUUCCACUUCCUCCUAAUGGACAGAUGCCAGGAUUUGGCCUUCUUCCUACACCUCCAUUUCCUCCCAUGGCUCAGUCUGCGAUUCCUCCAACUCCACCCGUGCAGCAGCCUUUCCAAACUUCCUUUCAGGCACAAAGUGAACCACUAACACAAAAGGCACAUCAGGAAAUGGAAGUAGAACAACCUUGUAUUCAAGAGGUUAAGCGGCACCUGUCCGAUAACAGAAAGUCAAGAUCUAGAUCAGCAUCCAGGUCACCAAAAAGGAGACGAUCUCGAUCUGGUUCUAGAUCUCGAAGGUCUCGUCAUCGACGUUCUCGAUCUCGGUCCAGAGAUAGACGCCGACAUUCUCCUAGAUCUCGAUCCCAAGAAAGAAGGGAUCGGGAAAAAGAAAGAGAGCGCCGACAAAAAGGCCUUCCUCAAAUCAAACCAGAAACUGCUAGUGUUUGUAGCACUACGCUCUGGGUGGGACAGCUGGACAAAAGGACUACUCAGCAGGAUGUUGCCAGUCUCUUAGAAGAGUUUGGUCCAAUUGAAUCAAUUAAUAUGAUUCCUCCCAGAGGUUGUGCCUAUAUUGUUAUGGUUCAUAGGCAAGAUGCUUACCGUGCCCUGCAGAAACUGAGCCGAGGAAACUAUAAAGUGAACCAGAAAUCCAUAAAGAUUGCCUGGGCCUUAAACAAAGGAAUAAAGGCAGAUUAUAAGCAGUAUUGGGAUGUAGAACUUGGUGUUACUUAUAUUCCGUGGGACAAAGUCAAGCCUGAAGAACUGGAGAGUUUUUGUGAAGGAGGAAUGUUGGACAGUGAUACACUUAAUCCAGAUUGGAAGGGAAUUCCCAAAAAGCAUGAAAAUGAAGUUGCUCAAAAUGGAGGGGCAGAAACCUCACACACAGAACCAGUUUCACCCGUACCUAAGCCUUUACCUGUGCCUGUCCCUCCUAUUCCUGUUCCUGCACCUAUCACAGUACCACCUCCACAGGUCCCACCACAUCAGCCAGGACCUCCUGUAGUUGGUGCUCUCCAGCCACCCACUUUCACGCCUCCUUUGGGAAUUCCCCCUCCAGGCUUUGGUCCUGGUGUUCCUCCUCCUCCACCUCCUCCACCAUUUUUGCGCCCAGGAUUCAACCCAAUGCAUUUACCACCAGGUUUUCUUCCUCCUGGACCCCCACCUCCUAUAACUCCACCAGUAUCCAUUCCUCCUCCUCACACUCCACCAAUAAACAUCCCAAACUCUACUAUCGCUGGUAUAAAUGAAGACACUACAAAAGACUUAUCUAUUGGAAAUCCCAUUCCAACAGUGGUGUCUGGGGCUAGAGGAAACGCCGAGUCUGGUGACAGUGUGAAAAUGUAUGGUUCUGCUGUGCCACCUGCUGCACCCACGAAUCUGCCCACCCCUCCUGUAACCCAGCCUGUUUCACUUCUUGGUACUCAAGGAGUUGCACCUGGCCCUGUAAUUGGGCUCCAAGCCCCAUCCACUGGUCUUCUUGGUGCCCGACCCGGCCUGAUCCCACUCCAGCGCCCGCCAGGAAUGCCUCCACCUCACCUGCCACGCUUUCCUUUGAUGCCGCCUCGUCCCAUGCCUCCACAUAUGAUGCAUAGAGGUCCGCCACCAGGCCCCGGGGGCUUCGGGAUGCCUCCGCCUCAUGGAAUGAAAGGUCCCUAUCCUCCCCACGGCCCCUUUGUCCGGCCCGGUGGAGUGCCGGGGCUCGGGGGCCCAGGGCCAGGCCCAGGGGGUCCCGAGGACAGAGACGGAAGGCAGCCGCCGCCGCAGCAGCCGCCGCCGGCAGCGCAGCCGCAGCAACAGCCGCCGACGCAGCCACCGCAGCCGCCGCCGACGCAGCCACAGCCGUUUAGAAACGAUAACAGGCAGCAGUUCACUUCAGGUAGAGACCAAGAAAGGUUUGGAAGAAGAUCUUUUGGAAAUAGGGUGGAAAAUGACCGGGAACGGUAUGGGAACCGUAAUGAUGAUAGAGAGAAUAGUAAUCGCGAAAGGAGAGAGUGGGGAAGAAGGAGCCCUGAGCGGGACAGGCACAGAGACUUGGAAGAGAGGAAUAGACGCUCUAGUGGGCACCGAGACAGAGAGAGAGAUUCUAGAGAUAGAGAGUCUCGUAGAGAGAAGGAGGAAAACCGAGGCAAGGAGAAGCCUGAGGUGACAGACAGGGCAGGCGGUAACAAAACCGUUGAACCUCCCAUUAGCCAAGUGGGAAAUGUAGACACUGUUUCAGAACUUGAUAAGGGGGAGUCUGAGUCUGCAGUUGUAAAACCUUCUGAAGAGUUACCUGCUGAGGCUACCUCAUCCGUUGAACCUGAAAAGGAUUCUGGCUCAGCAGCCGAGGCUCCUCGUUAGAGACUGGAAUUUGUCCACAUGUGUGACAGUGACACUUCCUGGAGUGUAGAGCUUGAAGUGUACAGAUGCUGUAUUAUACUUGCUCCUGCUAUAUCACAGCCCCGCAGUAGUUGGUGGGGAAUUGUAAGCAAUUUGAUUGCUUCCCUUCUAUUUAAAAAUAGCCACAAAAUAACAAAAAAUACUGAAAAUAUGAAUAAAUAUUACCCUUUUUGCUGUAACUUUUUAAAAGUUUUGACUUUAAAAAGUUUACAAAUCGUAAUUAGAAGUGCUCUCUAUUUUUUUUUUUUUAAUUUAAGACAAGGUAACGGUGAAAGCUCCUCAAAAACAAUAGGGAUGUUUUUAAUAAACUCUAUUUUCGUAACAAA